AUGUGUCACGGCACCAACAAAUACACCAUCUGCCCCUGUAUUAACCGGGAGUGUCCGCAGCGUCAGGGUUGCGAACUCAGCAACGAUGUUCUCCGAUCCGAUGAAAUAGGUCACGUCACUGACGUGAAGUCUCAGGCGCAAUGGGAAGACAUAGAACGUUGCGGAAGAUGGUGGCUGGAGCAACCAGCCGAGAUUUCCACUAACCCAAGAGUAUCCCCCGAAGGUCGCUGCCCUGACUUUGAAGAAACCCAGGUCAAGCGCAUGGGAUACAUGUGCCACCAGUGCCAACAAGAACAGCAAGUUCAAUGUGGACAUGCUCGUUACGAUGACCCUCGAGUUGCAAUUCCAUAUGCACUGUAUCCAGCUGACAGGAGACCACAGCCUGGAUACCGCCAGCCUGAGCCUCAAGUACCUGUCAACCUUCCCGAUGCUGCCCCUCAACGGUUCCCUCAGCCAGAAAGUUAUGAUCGGCAAAUCAGAAGAAAAUACCCUCUACGUACUUUCGGAGCUCCUUCUCUUUUCUCUAUUCAACCCCAGAAGGAGUGGGCCGGUCUCUCCAUUUUUGACUUUUCAGCUCCUCGACUUGGAAGUGGACAGUCUUAUGAAGAUGAGAAGACCGAGUUCUACCAUACACUUCCGAUGGCGCUGUGCGAAGACAUGGACAUCGACCCAGUGAUCUACGAGAUUCCGGACUCGCACGGGUCCAUUAACCAACACCCAUUCCCGCCGCCCAAUGCCCGAGCCAACCGGGGUCGGCGUCGAGACUUCGUCCAUGAUUCAACGAGUUUCGGUGCCAUUGGUGAUGGCCGUCUUCUUCCUGGUAGCUCCCCGGCUACCAAUGGUGGCCGAAACCCGUACGGUGCUAUUGGUGAUGCGUUUCCACACCCGGAUAGUUCUGCUGAUAACUCUUACAACUCUUCGAACAGCACUGGAAAUUCGUCCCGACAGUAG